GUGGAUUUGUUUUCAACGCAGACUAGGAAACCGCUAUUUGUACUUUUUCAUUGUAAAAAUAGCCUUUACCUGCAGACUGCGAUUCGCAGUCUCUUCCUUGUUUACUCUUUGUUCUAUCAUCUAACAAGUAAACAAAAACUACGGAAAUCCGAAUUCAAUUAUGUGUGGUAUAUUUUUUUCUUGUCAGCAAACUGACCAAGAUGCCGAUUGCUAUUCACCCGAAGUUUUAUCGAAAUUGAAUAAUUUCUUAAAAAGACGUGGUCCAGAUGCUCUAGAAGAGUUGACUUUUCUCAAGCACGAUUUCAUGUUGAAAUUCAUUGGUAGCGUCUUGCAUUUACGUGGCAACGAAAUUGUUAAACAACCCAUCACUGAUUGCAAUAAUAAUACUUUACUCUGGAAUGGCGAAAUAUUCAAUUGUGGAAUUGACAAUGAAGAUGAAUCUGAUACAUUGUACUUGUUCAAUCAAUUGAAUGAGUGUCAAAAACUCGGUAAAUCAGUUUAUGAAGUAAUUAGUAAUAUUAGAGGUCCAUUUACGUUUGUGUAUUGGAAUGAACACGAAAAAAGCAUAUAUUUUGGACGGGAUUUCAUUGGAAGACGAAGUUUGUGUUGGAAAAAAGUUGCUGAACCUUUUUCAUUGAGUUUAUCUUCAGUUUGUCCUCCUGGUCUCAAUGAUUGGGAAGAAGUUCCUGCAAGUGGCAUUUUUAGACUGGAUUUUAAUGAGAAAGUUCCCACUCUUCAACUAACUGAAUGGAACAGAGAUGCUGUUGGUACGAUUAUUAAUAAUAGCUCAGCCUUAAGUUCACCAAUAAAUACAUCUUUAAAUAUUCUUAGUUUGGAGGAAUCACAAAACGAAAUUUAUAUUGAAGACAAUUUAAUUGACGAUUUAAUUCAAACACUUUCUAAUUCAAUUAAGUCUCGCAUAAUCAAAUUCAAUCAGUUGUGUCAAAUAUGUGUCGACAAUGCCACAAAAAUAUGUAAUCAUUCAUCUGUAGCAGUACUUUUUUCUGGCGGCUUGGAUUCAUCAGUUAUUGCUCUCCUUAGUGACAAAUAUGUACCUCAACAGCAAUCAAUUGACCUAAUAAAUGUUGCAUUUUCUUCACAAGCUCAAGAUCGCUUGACUGGAUUUGAAGCAUUCGAAGAGAUCAAAGUGAUUAGACCAGAAAGAAAAUGGAAUUUUGUGCAAGUUGAUGUUACUUUAGAAACUCUCAGAACAUUAAGAGAUGAACAUAUUAAGUAUCUUGUUAAACCGUUGAACACAGUUUUAGAUGACAGUAUUGCUUGUGCUGUUUGGUUUGCUGCUAGAGGAGAAGGGAUCUUGGAAUCACAAACGUACAAAAGUCCGGCAAGAAUUGUCCUUCUAGGAAUGGGAGCUGAUGAACAGUUUGCUGGCUAUUCACGCCAUCGAGCAGUUUUUCAAUCAAAAGGAUGGAAUGGGUUAACUGAAGAGAUUAAGCAUGAAUUGACAAGAAUAUCGAAGAGAAAUCUAGGCAGAGAUGACAGAAUUGUUAGUGAUCAUGGAAGAGAGGCAAGAUUUCCAUAUCUUGAUGAAAAUGUUAUCAAUUUUCUCAACUCUUUACCUACCUGGAAGAAAGCAAAUCUUAAAUUAGAGAGAGGUAAAGGUGAAAAGCUGUUACUCCGUUUGGCUGCUAAAAAAUUAGGUUUAAUAAAAGUUUCUGGAUAUUGGAAGCGAGCUAUUCAAUUUGGUUCUCGAAUUGCUCGUCUUGAAAAUUGUAAAGAAAAAGGAAGUGACCAAUGCGCCAGAUUAACUGAAUAUACAUGAUUCAACUUAUAAAAGUAUAAUAACAUCACUGGGUUGAAUUAAAAUUUUGUAACAAAAAUUCUGAAAGUUCCUGUUCAUCAAAGCUCCGUUUUCUUGGACUAAUAUAGCCUGUAAAUGGAAUUACGUUGGGCAAUAAUGCUGUGACCAUAAAACGGGAUUAUCUUCAACUUCUAAAAUGGCUUUUUCAUCUGACUUAGCGAAUUGGUUGGAGGUGCUGAGAAUUGAACUAAACGAAAGAGUCAUCUUAUUCAUAUUAUACAACAGUCCACUGGAGGUAAUAGUAGCAGGUCCAUCAAAAGGUGGAUUGCACAGGUAAAUUGUGAAUUACCUUUUUCAUUAACCACGAUAGUGAACCCUUCAAAUCGAGGUAAAAUAUUGGACAAUCUGAUUUUUCUUCGGACCACUUAUGCAGAGUAGAAAUGUUGCUGAAAGAUUGAUCCAAACGAUGAUUAACUUGCCAUAAAACUACAAUGUAAUUAAGCUGAUUUCGCAUGUGUUUUUCAUCCAAUACAAACAAUGCUUUCAUGAAAUCGGUGUAAUUCUGAUCUGGUGUUUCAAUUAUUUCCACUCCCUUGAGAAAAAAGUCAAUAUGUGAUGUUAAUCCAAUAAAUUAUCCAUUGUGCCUAAAAAUUUUCUAAAUAAAUAACUUCAGUGCUAUUCGAUCGGUUUCCUAGCCGCUUACCAGUUUUUUAAAAUAA